AUGUCACUGUUGACACUAUAUUUUCCCCCUCCAUCCGCCUGGAGGCGCCCGCGAACCGUCCGGAAACCACCGAGGAAGAGCCGAGCCUUGGAGCCAAUCACAUCCCGUCGGAGGACUUCCGCCUGCAGCCUGAAGAUGGAGGGCCGAACGUCCACGUCCUCAGCCGGAGCUCCGUACCACGGCGUCGGGGACUACUACCCCAGGAAGUACGGCUCAAAGCCGGACGUGGUCCCGUCGGGGGUGACCGAGCGGAAGGUGUUUCCACCGGAGCCGCCGCCCGACGCGGUGUCGGUGGACGUCCUCCACAGCGGAGACUCUGGAGAUUUCCUGAUGCACCGGAAGAAGCAGGAGAACGACACUUACGUCCUGGGAACCAUCCACCCCUUCCGGCGGACGCACCGCUCCGUGCUGGGGAGGCUGUCCCAGGAGCUCCGCCUGGUCACCUCCGACCGACGGUCCUGGAGGAUCCUGGCCUUCGGAGCACUCAACCUGCUCUGUACCGGAUGUCUCCUGAUGUGGUGCAGCUCCACCAACAGCAUGGCCCUGACUGCCUACACCUACCUCACCAUCUUCGACCUGUUCAGUUUAGUGACCAGUCUCAUCAGCUCCUGGGUCGGCAUGAAGAAAUCCAGUCAGCUCUACUCCUUUGGCUUCCAGAGGCUGGAGGUCCUGGCCGUCUUCUCCUCCACCGUCCUGAUCCAGCUGGGGGCGCUGUUCAUCCUCAAGGAGAGUGUGGAGCGCUUCAUGGAUCAACCUGAAGUCCAUACCGGUCGUCUGCUGGUAGGAACCAGUGUGGCUCUGUUCUUCAACCUCUUCACGCUGCUCUCGGUCAGGAAUAAACCCUUCAGCUACGUCUCCGAAGCUGCCAGCAGCAGUUGGCUACAAGAGCAUGUAGCAGACCUGAGUCGAAGUGUGUGUGGGGUUCUCCCAGGUCUCAGCAGUGUGCUGCUUCCUCGUAUGAACCCCUUCGUCCUCAUCAACCUGGCUGGAGCCUGCGCCCUCCUCCUCACCUACCUCCUCAUAGAGAUACAUAACUUUGUUGCCGUGGAUACUGCCUCCGCCGUCGCCAUAGCGCUGAUGACCUUCGGAACCAUGUACCCCAUGAGCCUCUACAGCGGCAAGGUGCUGCUUCAGACCACGCCCUCUCACGUGAUUGGCCAACUGGACAAGCUGCUGCGGGAGGUGUCCACACUGGAGGGCGUGCUGGAGGUGAGGAACGAACACUUCUGGACCGUCGGUUUCGGCUCGCUGGCUGGCUCCGCCCACGUGCGUAUCCGCCGCGAUGCUAACGAGCAGCUGGUUCUGGCCCAUGUGACCAACCGCCUCCUCCCAUUGGUCGCCACGCUGUCCGUCCAGAUCUUCAAGGACGACUGGAGUCGUCCCGCCCUCCUCUCGGGGCCCCUACCCCACGGCGGCGGGGCAGGUGACGGCCACGGCCACGGCCACGGCCACGCCCACCUCUCCUCCUCCCCCCUCCCUCCCCUCCUCCCAGACCCGCUGACCUCCACGCCGUCCAAGCCCCUCGGCCCCCCCCCCGAGUUUUCCUUCAACACGCCCCGCAGGCCGCACUCGGGCCUGGGACUCGCCUACCCGGCCGGCCCCGCAGCACAGGGCCUGCGCCCGGGCCUCCUCCAGGGGGCCUCCGCCCACAGCUACCGCACGGCUCCUCUUGGGUUUGGAACCAGCCACCCGCCGCCCCAGAGCCAGUACAGACACUACCACCCUUGA